UUCCACAAGUUUCUCCGGGAAUGACUUUUGUGGCGCACUUGUGUAGCUAUCAAGUUGGAAAGGUGGUAGCACUAAGCAUGAAUACUCUGUUGGAUUAUUGCAAGCUAUAAAAAGACGAAGCUUAGACAACGAUGACACAAAACCAUGUGUCAGGGAUGGAGACAUCCGCCAUCUCCGUCCUGAAGCGGGCAGUAGAGCUGGACCAGAGCGGCCGCUUCCAGGAGUCUCUUGUCUGCUACCAGGAGGGCAUCCAGCUGCUCAUAGACGUGUUGAAAGCUGUGAAAGAUGACUCAAAGAGAGGGCACUACAGGGAUAAGAUAAAGGGUUACAUGGACAGAGCAGAGCAAAUCAAAGCUCAUGUGAACCAGCUGAAAGAAGAUGGGAAAUACCAUGAGCAGAUUAGAAUAGCAGAGGAUGCUACUGGUUACAGCUACGACGCUCUGUUCAAGCCAUACAUCAGCAGUUUACUCACAGAGGUCUGGGUGGAAGACCCAUACAUACGUCACACCCACCAAUUGUACAACUUCCUGCGGUUCUGUGAGAUGCUGCUAAAAGCGUCCUGCAAGGUGAAAAACAUCCAUCUCCUCACUACACAGGAUGAAGCGGAUAGUCGCCAACAGAGCAACGCUCUGGCCGAGCUGAAAGAGAGUCUCAGUGCUCAGGGAGUGACUCUGGAUCUGCAGUACUCCUCUACUAUACAUGACAGGGAAAUCAGGUACAGCUGCAACUCACAACUGUUUGAGAGAAAUUCUUGCUGCAGUUUGACAAUGGUUGGAUCAUCAAGAUAGGAAGAGGGCUGGAUUACUUCAAGAGACCUAAGGGACGAUUCUCUAUUGGAUAUUGUGACUAUGACCUCAGGCAGUGCCAGGAGACCAACGUAGACAUUUUUCACACCAAACACACAAAAACACUAUGAGAUGAGAAGAAUUUAUUUUUCCUAUUUCAAGUGGCUUAAUUUACUUACCUGCCCUCAAAACGCACAGACACAUCUGCUGUGUUUUUGGAUUUGCCUUAACAUACAGGUGCAUGUGAUCAGCCUCAUAACAAUUGUGUAACUGAGCAUUUUUUGUCAGAGGUUUUACAAUAUGCUUUUUGUCACACUGAUAAUGUAUUUAAUUUCAACCAACUAUCUUCUGCGUUGUGUGUUGAAUUCUCUAUUUCUGCGGGGUAUUUAUUGGACAUUUCUUAAGUCUUAUGUGCAGUUUAUGCAAAAGAGUAAUUUCUUUCAGUUUUCCUCUUCCUGUACUUUCUUUUCUAUGACCUUUUUUACACUUUUCUGCUAUUAAUUGGUGGUUUAUUAUUGUUUAUGGGAAAGAUACUUUUUAGGGUGUCAUACCACCUUCUGGUGGAAGAACAAAUUAAAAAUGUUAAAAUAACAUUAAAAGUGCUUUUUUAAUAUCA